GAGAACCCUAGUGCCCUAAACGCAGACGCACUCAUUUUUUUUCUCCCCUUGACGCAGCCGCGCACACUCCUUCUCGUCACUUUUCCAUUGAAGACUCUCUCUCUACCAAAGAAUGGACUCCACUGUGAAGCAUGCUGUGGUGGUGAAAGUUAUGGGUCGGACUGGAUCUCGUGGGCAGGUGACUCAAGUUAGAGUCAAGUUUCUGGAUGACCAGAACCGGUUCAUCAUGAGGAACGUCAAGGGACCAGUGAGGGAGGGGGAUAUCCUUACCUUGCUCGAGUCUGAGAGGGAAGCUAGGAGGUUGCGUUGAUCGGAGAUGGCUCUUGUUUGUUGAUGCUUGAACUUCAAAGUUUUGGUUACUUGCAAGCAACUGGUGUUUAUGUUGGUGAAUGGCAGUUGUGUUGCCAAUCUCUGUUCUUAUUUUUUUAGUUUAUGUGUCUUGGUAUUUACUAGCAACGUAGACUUGAUUGUUCUGAUGAGAGUUCUUUAUGGAAUCUUGCUAAACUUCUAUGUCGGGAAAAAGCCCUAGGUUUUGUUUGAACAAGUAACAAAUAUUCCUGGUUUCUGUGUCAAAUCUUUGAUUUCCUUCUA